UAAAAAUUGAAGCAAUAGUAAAAGAUGAUAUCUACGUUGAAGGACGGCGUUUGUUUGAUUUAGAGAAUUUUUUCCAAAAACCCCUAAAUUCUUGUGAAUUAGGCAUUUUCAAAACAAAUCUACGUUUAGGUGAAAAAGAAAGAUUUUUAAUGAAAGAUGUUCAGUAGAAAUUUCUAUGCUUACCUUAUGAUAGUAAUUUUGUAAUAAUUCCAAUUCUACACAGCUGCCUUCAGAAAAAUGUCGAGCCAUAAUACCCAUCUUUCCAAAGGAACACUGAAGUAUUUCCCCCAACCAGUUAAUCAAAAAUGUCACAGCUGUGAAGAAUUAUCAAAAAAAUUGAAAUAAUUGAAGAUAAAAAACCAUGUGAAAGUGGCGAGUCCAUAGUUCUUCAUGCUUUUCGCAGAUGUUUUCGAAUCAGGCUUUUUGAAAAUUUCAGCAUUAAGAGCUAGAAGCUUUGAAAAAGGUUUUCCCUCAGAACUUUGGCUGUUGGUUUUAGUUUGAGCCCCUGAUGGAAUUUUGUGAGAAACUGUAUGCAUGUAUCUUAUUGAUGUACGUAUAUUUUUACAGAUGCUGCUCAAAAGCAAUAUAAUACUUUACUUGAUAUUUUGGCGGAACACAAAGUUUUAUUGGAUCGCACAGUUGCCCAAAAUGCAGUUUGCACAUACAUAAUGGGCAUUUUUCCAAUUAAUACCGAUGAAAAAUUGAAAGAAUUUGACACCCUUUUAGCUACGCAAGCAGAUCCAUAUAUACGGCAAAUCAAUUUACUUCUCGGUGGUAAUGCUGAACGCAAUCUACAUCAGGUAUUUGGCCACGGUAUAAUUAUGAAUUUCUAUGUCGACGGAUCUUUCGGCAAAAAGCGUUUGCAGGAUUACAGCAAUGUGUUUACGGCUAUAAUAGAUGCUAUAUCAACUUUCAGCGAAUCUUCUGACAAAACAUUGAGAGCAGUCUUUCAACGACAGAAAAAAAAAUUUUUUAAACAAACAAGUCGCAACAAAGGCAGAGACAAGGAACAACAUGAAUAUGAAGGCGACUCUUCUGACAAAGACCAAUAAUUUUUUUAUCAACUCAAAAUGCUUAAAGGUUUAGCCAGCCUGGAAAAAAUUAGCUUUUUUAUUCUAAAACAUA